AUGCCCUCUCGCAAUUACGCUCCCAAAAUCAGCUACAAUUCUAGAGAAAUCAACAAAAUUCAUAACCUCCUCAAUACACAUUCAAAGGCUUUAACAAAUCAUCUACUAGACUUCUCCCCGAUCCUCCUCAUCGAUACGAUAAUCUCAAAUUUCGCUAUCAAGAUCCUACACAACGUCCAACCUUUAACGUAUAAGAUUUACAUCGAGAUCACAGUCUUCCCACUUAAUAAGACUACGAUACUUAUUAUUCGGAGAAUUCUAUUCGUAUUCAAUAAGCAGAGCGAGAUAAAGAGCUUCGGGCUAGAAGAUACUCGGAUUCUCUACGAACAUAACACUAUUCUGAAGCUAUAUGACGAUAUUAUCGAUAUCGUUACUACGAGUGAAGAUGAGGACGACGAGGAUGAGGAUGACGCGGAUAAGGACGACGAGGAUAAAGACAACGAGGAUAAGGACGACGCGGAUAAGGACGACGAGGAUAAGGACAACGAGGACGAGGACGAGGACGAGGACGACGGGAUACGUCACGAGCAGUUACUUAACGCUCUCGAGGACGUAUACUCUUGGGUGCAGAGCGAGUCUCGCUUAGCCUUCUCAGAACGAUUAGCAUUUGAUCGUAACACACAUAUCUACUCGGUAAUAUCUACUGCAAUUCGAUACGGUGAUCAUAAGGCUGUAGAGAAUCUCAUAUAUUCUGAGAUUAACCGACGAUGUAAUCUAUUUCUUAGAUAUCGUUAUGGGGAGGAUCCGGAGAAUGCAGUACCGUAA